UCCGCAGCUGGGCAGCCGUUCAUCACGCUGGCCGGCCCGGCAGAGAGGAUGGCCCCCGGGCACUCGGUGCCGUUCAACUGCACCGCCGGCAGCUUCAGCUCCCCAGACUUCCGCGUCACCUGGAUGAAGGACCGGGAUGAGCAUCCAGCCUCGGCGCAGCGCCUGGUGACCGCUGACAAAGGCAAUUACUCCGUCAGCAGCAAGGUGUGGGUGACCCUGGUGCGCCAGGAUGUCUCCUCGGAGAUCACCUGUACGGUCACCCACAGGGACCUGGCCGCGCCCCUGCACAGCACCCUGAACCUCUCCCAGGUGCUCCGAGUGGUUCCCGCCGUGAAGAUCACUGCCCAGCCCUCCGAGGCGCACACCGCCCAUCACCAGAGGGUGAACCUCACUUGCCACGUGAGCCACUUCUAUCCCUCGCACCUGCGCCUCACCUGGAUGGAGAACCGGCACACGGUGCACACCGAGCCGUCCCCCCCGGUCACCAGGAACUCCGACGGGACCUACUCCCUGGAGCACACGUGGCAGGCGGAGGCCAAGCCCAACGGGAGCGAGUUCGCGUGCUGGGUGGUCCAGGACGAGCAGCCCCCGGUCCAGGCCAACCUCACCCUGCGGGCUCCGGGCCACCGGCAGAGGAAAAGCGGGAGCAGCUACUCUUACACCCUGCAAGGCCCCCUUCAGCGGUCGGAGCCGGGCACAAGCAUCCAGUUGAAGUACACAUCCUCUGGGUUCCACACACAGCACGUCACAGUGGCCUGGCUGAAGAACAACCACACGCUGCCGAACGCCCAGACCAGCGUCCACCUCAGCAGAGACACCUACAACGUGAGCAGCAGUGUGCAAAUCCCCCUGCAGGCUGGGGACGUGCACUCCCAAGUCUUCUGCCUCGUCAUGCACAAGUCGAAAUUGGCUUUCCAGAAAGUCAUCAACCUGGACCAAUACCUCCGUGUUUCCCCUGCAGUGACAGUGUCCCAGGCUUCCCUGUCCUCGGACUUGGUGUCAAUUACUUGCCACGUGCAGAGAUUCUAUCCACAAACUUUACAUCUCACCUGGCUGGAGAACUGCGAUACAUUCAAGGGAGCUGAGCUACCCACCCCCAAGAAGAAUGCUGAUGGGACUUAUAGCACGGAAAGCUUGCAAUGGGUGAAUGCAUCAACACAAGGAUCUGAGAGGGUAUUCACCUGUAAGGUACAGCAUGAGGCACAGCCUCCCAUCUGGGCCAACCUCAUACUGUCACCAGUAGCCCACGGGACAUACAAACCCAUGGAAAGCCCAGGUCCAGAGACACCUGCCCUUAUCUUUGUGGCUUUCCUCCUGGGCUUUAAGGUGCUGCUGGUGAUGAGUUUCACCGUCACCUACAUCCACAGGUGGUGGAACCUAUGACAGGUAACUUGGGGGCAGGCCUCAGUCAUGAGGGUGGGAGGUCAGAGCCAUUGUCAGGGGCUGGCAAGUGGCGUCCAGGGCACACCCGCUAAGUCACAUGGUCCCCACAAGGUGAUCCAGCCUCAAGAAAAAUUUGUGAACACUUAUUUUCUCCAAACGUCUCUUGGAAUUCUAAGAGCUUUUAACUCUCAUGCAUUUUGUAGUGCCCUGGAGUUUGAAGGAAUU